GUUAAUUUAAAUUAUUUUUUUUUGUGUUGUUGGAAUAGGUAUAUAGAAACAUCCAUACUGGAAGUAAUGCUUAGGCAUGACAAAGGAUUUAGGAAGUAAUUUUAAAAGAUUUUCAGUUCUAAACAUAAAUCUGUGCCAUGGCCACGCAUGGAUUAGCAGGAAAUAGUUACAAUUUUGAUGUCACCUUAAGUAAGAUGGGGACACUUAUGUGUUUGUCACUGUACAAACACAGGCUAGAGAUGGUCAUUGUUCCAAGAACUGACUUCUGAAGCUGUUGGAGCUGGGUUAGAGAUGGAGUUGGAUUUUUGCACUGGAGUAGACAUGGCAGGUUGCAACCCCAAAUGAAUGUGGAAGGAGAAUCUUAUAUGGUCAACUGCACAGGUGUCACACACUUGGCACUGUAUCUGAUGCAGUUUGCUGGGGAAUAUCUGAUUCUUUCAUACUGCUGCUCUACUGGUAGGUCCUAAAAGAGGAUGAAGCUGUCAGUCACUGUAGUUGUGCAGCGUAUGGGGUAAUUCUCUGCAGCAUGAGGUAGAGAUGCUUCACUUGGAUGUCUUGACAGUGCUGAUCGGUGGACUAGUGCUGGAAUAACUUAUCAGGAGAAGGAAUAUAUGCAUAUAUGUGUUUGGAAAAUUUAUCCUUAAGUAUGUACCACACAAUGGCAAAAUAGGAUGUUUUGAGCAGGCAGAAAACAGUGAAACUGUAAUGAGUCUGGGUUUACUUAGUAGGGUCAUCACAAAGAGUUUUAGGAUGAGAGAGACUUGCAAGAAACAUAUGCAUCCUUUAGGCAUGAGAAACCUCCCUGGUAAUAGCUUACCAUUAAAUAAAGAAAAAUAUAUUAAAAUCCUGACUAUAUUAUAUCUUUUAGGAAUUACACUUUAAAAUACAGACUUUGGAAGGAUGCUGCAAAAUCAAGCCCUCAAAAUUUAAGGAUGAAAUCCGUAGUUAAAAUUCUUCCCAAAUCUUAAGUUGUCAUUUCUAGUGGGUUUCACCAUGUGUUUGUAACCGUAACUGCAUGAGUUAAAAGGAUGAGGAGGAGGAUUGCCCAAUGGUUCUGUUGUUGAGGUUACAUGCAAGAUCCUUGGAAUAUACCAUCUCUAUGUGAUGUUUAUAGGGAGAUUGGCUUAAAAAAUCUGUAAUUAAUGUAAGCUGGGGGUCCUCAAAGUGCUACCACCAUGCAAAUAAAAAUAAGGAAGCAUUGCAGAUUUAGUUUUCUUUUAUCUAGUAUUUUUAUUCAACUCUUAAAAAGUAGCUAAACUCUUUAAAAUAUACUCCAUCCUCAUGCUGAUAUUAAAAAUGUUUUAUUUAGAUUCAUUAGUUUUAUUGCCCAAAUUAUUUUUAGCUGUUUUAGCCUGUGCUAAAGAGAGGCUGUAAGCAUGUCUCCUAUGCAUGUGUGUUAAAAUUACACUGCUCCAUUGUAAAUGUAUUUUUACUGUUAUGACAGGAAAAGCGCUCUGCCUUUUUUUAAAAUGAGCAAUCAUACGUAUAAUCAACUUGGUUAAAACUUCCUUCCUGCUAAGUGCAGCACUUCCUUUGCAUCUGGAUAGGAGGGCGAGCAAGAAAAGCAGAAGAGUUUAACAAAGUAUUUUUUGUAUGAAUGAUCUUCCUUUGAAAAAUAGGAACUUCAGAAAUUAAACAAAUGAGUCGUCUUCAGCAAUUCAGCCUUUAUUUGAUAAGCAGAUUCCUUCUGGCAUGGAGUUGGGUGACUAUGAACAGCCUGUUGUUAUGAGAGAAGAAAACAAACGAAGGAGAAGAAGAAUGAAACCUCAUUGUACAUCGAGUAAUCUGUCUUCAAUGGAACUGAUAUCCAUUGAGUUCAUUUUACCUACAAGCAAUAAGCAUACUAAAGUUCCGGAAAUGAUGUUACUCGAAAUAGCUGGAAACUGUACUGUUGAGCAAAUGAAAGCACAAAUUUGGAUGCGUGCAAUAGAGAUGAGUCAAACCACAGACUUCUACCAUGCGUUCACCCCAGAUCAGUUCGUUCUCCAGUAUCAGAAGAAGGGACAAUGGUAUGAAAUUUAUGAUAAACAUCAACUAUUACAGACAUUAGACUGCAUAUUGUACUGGAAAGUGUUACAGAAGAAAGUAGGCAAGAUAUAUGUAGUCCAGAAACAAAAACCAUCAGAAGAAGUUCAGGAAUUUCAGCGGCAGCUUAAUGAUUUAAUUGGUUAUGAUGUUACUGAUGUAAGCAACGUGCAUGAUGAUGAACUAGAAUUUACCCGACGCAGAUUAGUCACUCCACGAAUGAUAGAAGUAGCCUGUAGAGAUCCUAAAUUGUAUGCAAUGCACCCAUGGACUACAUCUAAGCCACUCCCAGAAUAUUUGUUCAAAAAGAUAACUAAUAAUAACAUUUUCAUAAUCAUACAUAGAGGAACGACGAGUCAAAAAAUUAAAGUGUCAAUAGAUGACACUCCAGAUAUGAUUCUCCAUAGCUUUUUCACAAAAAUGGCAAAGAAAAAAUCUUUGAUGGAUAUUCCUGAAGAUCAUAGUGAACUGGAUUUUGUUCUUAGGAUCUGUGGCAGAGAUGAGUACAUUACUGGAGACACACCCAUCAAGGAUUUUCACUGGAUAAGACAAUGCCUUAAGAAUGGGGAAGAAAUCCACCUUGUGUUAGACAACCCCCCUGACCCAAGUGAGGAUGAGGUGCAGAAGGAAGAGUGGCCAUUGGUAGAUGACUGUACAGGAGUUACAGGAUAUCAUGAACAAUUGACAAUAGAUGGAAAAGAUCAUGAGAGAGUCUUCACUAUCUCGUUGUGGGAUUGCAAUAGGAAAUUCAGGGUGAAAAUAAUUGGUAUAGAUAUCCCAGUUUUACCAAGAAAUACUGAUCUUACUGUUUUUGUGGAGGCUAACAUUCAACAUGGGCAACAGCUCCUUUCACAGAGGAGGACUUCCUCAAAGCCUUUUACUGAGGAGGUUCUCUGGAAUAUUUGGUUGGAGUUUGAUAUCAAAAUCAAGGAUUUGCCUAAAGGAGCACUCUUGAAUCUUCAGAUAUACUGUGGUAAAGCACAGGGAUUGUCCACAAAGACAAACCUUCAGUCACACGAAUCCCCCAACUCUGAUUCCAAAUGCAAAACUCAACUUCUGUAUUACGUGAAUCUUUUAUUGAUAGAUCACCGUUUCCUGCUACGAAGUGGGGAGUAUGUUCUCCACAUGUGGAAAAUCCCAGGCAAAGGGGAAGAACAAGGAAGUAUCAAUGCAGACAAACUCACCUCAGCAACUAAUCCGGAUAAAGAAAACUCCAUGGCUAUCUCUAUUGUGCUGGACAAAUAUUGUCACCCAAUUGCCUUGCCCAAGCACAGGAUGACAUCUGACUCUCAGGGGGACAGGACACGAGCUGAAAUGCCCAACCAGCUUCGCAAGCAACUUGAAGAGAUCAUAGCAACUGACCCACUUAAUCCACUUUCUCCUGAGGACAAAGAACUGUUGUGGCACUUUAGAUAUGAAAGCAUAAAGCACCCCAAGGCAUACCCUAAGCUGCUUAGCUCUGUCAAAUGGGGACAACAAGAAAUAGUGGCCAAAACAUAUCAGUUGCUAGCUAAAAAGGAGGCGUGGGAUCAAAGCACUUUAGAUGUUGGACUCACAAUGCAGCUUCUGGACUGUAACUUUUCUGAUGAAAAUGUACGAGCAAUGGCAGUUCAAAAACUGGAAAGUUUAGAAGAUGAUGAUGUUCUUCAUUAUCUUUUGCAACUUGUGCAGGCUGUGAAAUUUGAGCCCUAUCAUGACAGCGCAUUAGCCAGAUUUCUGCUGAAACGGGGUUUACGAAACAAACGAAUUGGUCACUUCUUGUUUUGGUUUUUAAGAAGUGAGAUUGCCCAAUCUAUGCACUACCAACAGAGGUUCGCUGUGAUCCUAGAGGCCUAUCUUAGGGGCUGUGGAAAAGCAAUGCUGCAUGACUUCAUGAAACAGGUUCAAGUCAUUGAAUUGUUGCAUAAAGUCACAAUGGAGAUAAAAUCAGUUUCUGCGGAAAAAUACGAUGUCACUUCUCAAGUUAUUGCACAGCUUAGACAAAAACUUGAAAAACUACAGGGCAGCAAACUUCCAGAAAGUUUUAGAGUCCCAUAUGACCCUGGGCUAAGAGCAGGAGCCCUAGUGAUAGAAAAAUGUAAAGUAAUGGCAUCCAAGAAGAAGCCCCUCUGGCUUGAGUUUAAAUGUGCAGAUCCAACUGCUCUAUCAAAUGAAACCAUAGGCAUCAUCUUUAAACACGGAGAUGACCUCCGUCAGGACAUGCUUAUUUUACAGAUUCUUCGAAUUAUGGAAUCCAUUUGGGAAGCAGAAUCCUUGGACCUCUGUUUGCUACCGUAUGGCUGUAUUUCUACAGGGAACAAAAUAGGAAUGAUUGAAAUUGUGAAAGAUGCUACAACAAUUGCCAAAAUUCAGCAGAGUACAGUUGGCAACACUGGUGCAUUUAAAGAUGAAAUACUGAACCAGUGGCUCAAGGACAGAUGUGUCAUUGAGGAGAAGUUUCAGGCAGCUGUGGAAAGGUUUGUUUAUUCCUGUGCUGGCUACUGUGUGGCAACCUUUGUUCUUGGAAUAGGAGACAGACACAAUGAUAACAUUAUGAUCACAGAAACAGGUAACCUUUUUCAUAUUGAUUUUGGCCAUAUUCUUGGGAAUUAUAAAAGCUUCCUUGGAAUUAAUAAGGAAAGAGUUCCUUUUGUGCUGACUCCGGAUUUUCUGUUUGUCAUGGGGACCUCCGGAAAGAAGACAAGUCUCCAUUUCCACAAAUUUCAGGAUGUGUGUGUGAAGGCUUAUUUAGCUCUCCGACAUCACACCAACCUGCUCAUCAUCCUGUUCUCCAUGAUGCUAAUGACCGGAAUGCCCCAGUUAACCAGCAAAGAGGAUAUUGAAUAUAUCCGGGAUGCACUGACAGUAGGGAAAAGCGAAGAAGAUGCUAAAAAGCAUUUCCUUGAUCAGAUCGAGGUUUGCAGAGAUAAGGGCUGGACUGUGCAAUUUAACUGGUUCUUACAUCUUGUGCUUGGAAUCAAGCAAGGAGUAGAAAAGCAUUCUGCUUAACAUUUGGUGUAAACUAUCUGUAGGUGUGAAUAGGAAGUUAGUGGAUGUACUUGUUAUUUAUGCAUUCCAAAUACAUGAGCAGUCAGUACUGCCUUUACCUCACUGCAGCUUCUAAAAAGGCUUUUUUUUUUUUGUCUGCCUCCCCAGAAGAGCUUUCUUGCAGUUAAGAUAUAUAUAUUUUUAAUGGCUAAUGAUGCUUCCAGUAGCCGGACUGUCAAAUAGCUGCUUUGCUGAUGUGGCCUGCAAUUUUCUUCUUUCCUUUCGUAAUAAUGAAGGAGGAGCUUGGGUCAGAUGAUAACCUGCAAUCUCAGAUAGAAAUUUUCAGCGGCAUUGCCUUAAUUGUUCAUGGGAAUCCAGGCUUCAAAUGGGGAAAAGAAGAGUCUGUUUAAAAUUGAUGGUAAUAUUAAAAUCCCUGCAGGAAAUUUAUUUCUUUAUCAGGAUGGCUUUUACUCAAGUGUUCUUCACCCACAUCACUUCCCUUUGUCCCACUGUAUUCUUGUUCUGAUUUUUAAUAUAUGUCAGUAGAAAACAACCUUGACUCCACUGCCAAAAGAAAUUGCUUUAUUAUUAUUGUGGCCUCCUGACAUACAUAGCUCAACUUGAUUGUUGCUGUAAGAAAGCUUCGUAGUUCCCUAGAAGCUCCUCUGGUUUGAACCUGAAAUUCUUAAGGUUUAAUUUUGGAUUUUUUUACUGUUUUGUUUUGUUUUUUAAAUGGGAAGUUCCAUAUUAUAUUACAGAUUACAUUCUUAUUGUAAAUUUACUGAAAUUCCACCUGUAUGGUAAAAGCUUUGUAGAAAAAUCAAUGGUACUUCCUUAUUCCUCAGAGAAAGCUCCUCACGUAAAAGUAAUUGACAUUUUACCAAAUAUUUGAGAAACCCAAAGUUAUUUAUUCUUUGGAGAGAUAUUUUUGGGAGAUACCCAGAAGGAAUUAAAUUUAAUCUUUGAAAUUGUGUAUAUUUUGCUAUUUAUUUUUAAAUUCUUUAAGAGACUAUACUACUGAAAAGCUAUUUAUGAAAGAAAAGAAAUAAUUUCAAUAUUUAAAGCUAAGAGAGGAAAAAAUGAUCACUGUUAAGUAGAAUUGUAACUUCUCUGCUGUAGGAUACCUGCAAAUCACCUAGACUGCCUAAGGUAGGAAUAACUAUAUGUCAUGAAUUAGUCUUUGACUCCAGUUGUUACCAUGUACUUCCUGCUGAUUGAUUCUUACCAAAGAGAGAAGAUGGCUUACAGUAUUGCUUUUUUGCACUCGUGCCCAUGUAAUUUCUUCUUCCAUUGUAAUUUUACAUGGGUUUUACUUUACAUUUAAAUGAUGAACUGAAUUUUGUAAUUCUGUUACCAUUUGCUUUGAUUGUUUCACAGAACUGUUUUUAACUACUGCUACCACUGUUACUACUGAGCUUAUCCUGGAAGGAUUUGUACUAAAUGUACUGUAAUUGGUGUCUCUGUUAUGAGAUAGAGCCAAUCUAUUUUUGAAAUAUAGAUGUUUAAUUGAUUCCCAUGCACAGUGAUGUUUUUGAUGUGUACGAUAGACUGAGUUAAGAAAACCUGAAAAGGUAAAAUGUAGAAUAAUUUGUUGUUCUCUUACAUUACCAUUCUGUGCAAGAUAGGCUUAAAACUGUACUAAAAUACAAAGUAAAUGGUGAAUGCUGUCUGUAAAACGAUAUUUUUAGAUUUGUAUUUUGUAGAUCUGAAAUAAAUUGAUUGAUAUGUUCUA